CAUACUGUGUCUAAACUAGUCAUAAACCUGUUCUAGGGUACCAAAAUCGCGUCGGAAGGUCUGAAGGGCCGUGUCUUCGAAGUAUCGCUGGCCGAUCUUCAAGCUGACACCGACGCUGAGAGAUCUUUCCGCAAGUUCCGCCUGAUUGCUGAGGAUGUGCAGGGCCGCAAUGUCCUCUGCAACUUCCACGGAAUGGACCUCACCACUGACAAGCUCAGAUGGAUGGUCAAGAAAUGGCAGACGCUCGUUGAAGCCAACAUCGAUGUCAAGACCACCGACGGAUACCUACUCCGAGUGUUCUGCAUCGGAUUCACCAACAAGGACUCGCUCAGCCAGCGCAAGACUUGCUACGCUCAGCACACACAGGUUAGUCAAUGUUUAAUGCCCUCCAGAUGCAUGGAUCAGAUUUGAUUGGAAAAGAACACU